CAGGGAGCUCACAACGACGGCCAGGAACUUCUGGAAAGCGCCCUGGACAUCAGCGGUGAAGUCAGCACCCAUUCUCGCAGCAACGACAAUAGUAAGGCAGUCAGCCAGCAGCUGCAAAAGAAAGGAGCAAAUGGACAACAUCGUCUUUAACUACAACCAUGAGUCUCACCGCUAAGGACAAGAAAAUGGUCAAGGCCUUCUGGGCCAAGGUGGCCGGCAAAGCUGAAGACAUCGGCUGCGAUGCUCUGUCUAGGACGCUGGUUGUGUACCCCCAAACCAAGACCUACUUCUCCCACUGGAAGGACCUGAGCCCCGGUUCUGCCCCAGUCAGGAAGCACGGUGGGACCAUCAUGGGAGGCAUCAGUUUAGCCGUGGCCAGCAUCGACGAGAUCAGCGCAGGUCUCCUCGCCCUCAGCGAGCUGCAUGCCUUCAAGCUACGUGUCGAUCCCGCCAACUUCAAGAUCCUGUCCCACAACAUCUUGGUGGUGCUGGCUAUCUUGUUCCCCAAUGAUUUCAACCCCGAAGCUCAUGUGGCCAUGGACAAGUUCCUGGCAGCGGUGGGCCGGGCUCUGUCUGAGAAGUACCGAUAAGAUGUGGACAGAAGGAUCAGACCAGACGGAUUGCACCAUUGAU